AUGACGACUCGGACGCAGAGAAGCGGGCACAGCUCGCUGGGAGACGAUCAGGAUGUGUACGCAUAUGCACUCAGGGUCGCUGUCUUGAGCUACAACAUCGCCCGCGCCGGUCACGCCGCCCGCUCGCCCGCUCCAUCCACCUCCUCUCCCUCAACCGCGAAUUCGACACAUGCGUCCUCACUCGUCCGGCCUAGCGUUCGACAGUCAGUCACUGGGUCCAUGAGGCCCUCUGAAGGCUGGACGAACGCGCUUACGUCGCUCGGAGACGUCUUCAAGGACUCGUCCUCGAGCGCGAACAAGUCGUCUCGCUUCCCGAAGGACUUUGUCAAGGCGCUCGACCAGCGAAUGGAGCGGAUAGCGCGAGGAUCCGACUCUGCGCACGCCGACCCGCUGUUCCGACAGACUGUCGGCGCGUUCUACACGACCUACGCCCAGCCCAGCUUCCAGAAGAAGCUGAAGGAGAACCGGCAGAUCGAGGAGGUCAUCCUCAUGUUUGUCACGACGGCGUCGGGCAUCCUGAAGAAGCGGCUCGAGGGCGACGAGUGGAAGGCGCAGUUGAAUGCGCAGGUCGGGCGGUUCGUGGGCGUUGUCCGCGACACGCUCAAGACGUGCAGUCGCGUGCCGAGCGAGCUCGUCAACCGCCUCGACUCGUACUGCGCCAAGCUCGCUGAGGCGCCUGCCCCGCAGAGUCACGAGCGAACUGCGUCAAACAGUAGCGGCAAUAGCCCCUACUACUCGCCUCACCCUGCAUCUUCCGCCCUCCCGCCUUCCUCUCCAACUCUCGGGCGACAGAGCCUCGACAUUCCUUCCGCCAGUUCCGUCAACCUCGAAGACAUGCCGCACGUGCGAGCUGUCGGCGCGAUUUUCGGCAAGUCGGAAGCGGAGCUCAAGCAGGACGUCGUACGCUUGCGAAGAUCCUGUUCGGAGCAGGCUGCCUUCAACGACCUGAAGAGCAUUAUCAACGCCGUCGCUCAACUUUCCGUCUCUUCCCGUCCCGCUCCUUCGUCCACUUCGCAAACCUCUUCCAGCAGCCGGUUUCCGUUUCACCGCGACGAGUUCGACUCGGAGGAUGCGUUCCUGGCGUGGAAGAAGCAGGAGAACGACGAGCUGCAGGAGCUUCUGCUCGAGAUGACGAUGCGGAAUCCAGAUUUGGUCAAGGGUGGCGGCGCGACACUUGCGCCCGAUGGAGGAGCGGAGUUGACGAGUCGAAGAAGCUCCCGAAGCUCCCUCGUCCUCGUCGGCACGGACGGCUCGGCCCUCGACGUCGACGAUCGACCCGGCUCUUCCUCCGACACUUCGAAUUAUACAUUCGUCCCGCCCGAUCCUCGUCUCUAUUAUCGACGACUCUACUCUCUCGCCCUCGAGCACGACUACGCCCUCAUGUCCACCUUGCCGCCAGAUCAGGACGUCUCCCUCACCAUCCUCUCGCCGCUCAACGAGCAACUUCUUCGCGACUGUCAGACGCGCUGGCGCGUUCCGAAUACCACCCGGGCCGCGACGUUCGCCAACCUUAUUGCCGGUCUCUACAAGGACCAGGGCGUUCCCGAAGAAUGCGUCGGCGAAGCGCUCGACCUGGUCAAGCGCGAGGAGGACAAGUGGCGGUACUGGCGAUGGCCGACGGCAGAUCGACAACAGCUCUUCAAGGCCCUCUCGCUACUCUUCGACACCCUCCUCACCCGCUUCUUCGAGAUCUUCCAGGGCCUCCUAGGUCUCCCCUUCUCCGUCGUCGUUCCCCUUCUCCAGCAGAUCCACGAAGAUCAGCUCUACUCGUCGAGUAUUGGUUCGCUCUUGCCGACAACGCUGAGCGAGCUCGAGAUGGGCAUGAAGAAGUUUGUCGCCAUGGCGUUCGAGGAGAAGAUGGCUGACGCCGACUCGAAGGAACGGGCAUCCGACCUGGAGCCUUGGAUUGAGAUGCUGAUGUGGAUUAGGGAGGAGGUCAAGGGAUAUGACCGAGCCUUUCCAGAGAAGCUCUGCGGCCAAAUCGACCCACCUGCUCUCUUCCUCUCCGUCGCCGCCCCUCACUUCGUCCACUACCUCGACCGGUCCCGCUCGACACUCCACGCCGCCGCAGCUCAGCAGAACAGCGAGUCGACCGACGCCGACCUUCUCGAGCUUUAUCACGGCGUGCGAGAGCUCAAAGACAUGCACCAGGCCUUCCUGCCAGACGAACCGCUCGAGAUCGACUUUUCCGCUUGGUUCGAGCCGUUCGUGCGGAGAUGGCUCGCGACGACCGAUACGCAGACGAGCGAGUGGGUCAACCGUGCGAUCAGCAAGGACCAGUUCGAGCCGGAGGAGACGGCCACCCACUCUUCGUCCAUCGUUGACCUUAUCGACUCGUGCAAGGCCCCUGUCGACUUCAUCCUUCGUCUCAAAUGGCCAAACGAGUACGAGCACGCCAAAUUUCUCACCGGCCUUUCGAGGACUGUCGCCAAGUCGAUCGAGCAAUACGCAAAUCAGCUCGAGGCGAUGUUCAUCGACGAAAUGUUCCCUCGCAAGCCGGACGAGGCGCUCAACCAGGAUGUCGCGCGUCCGUCAGCCUGGCUCACGAAGGCCAAGAUGGUCGUGCAGGGCGACAAGAAGAUCGAACCAUUUGAGUUUCAAGCUGCGAGCUGCAUCAAGCUCAACAACAUCCAGGCUGCGCGCCGGCUGCUGGACACGAUGUACAACACGCUGGACGCUGACCGCGUCUCACGCAUCGUCGAGAUCAACACGCCGCCGCCACCGCCGAAUGCCCCGACCACGCCGCCCCGCUACCUCUUCACGGUCAAGAUCGUCCUCUGCGAGAACCUCUCCCCGCCGACCGGCAACUCGCGCACGAAGAAGCUCGACCCGUUCCUGAUCCUCUCCGACCCAGCUGGCUACCGAGUCGCCAAGACGCGAACGCUAUACGAGACGAAUGACCCACGCUGGGACGAAACGCUCGACAUCUCGGUCAAGGGAGACCUCUGGCUUCGUGCGACCGUCUACAACCGCAACCUCGUCGACCACCAUGAUCACGUCGGCUGCGCGUACAUCCACCUCGACCCGCGCAAGUUCAGCGACUUUCUCGCUCAGGACGUGUGGUAUCGCCUCGAGGACCAGUCGCGGAGACCGCUCGAUAGCAGGCUGCUCCUCCGCAUCUCGAUGGAGGGAGAGAAGGACGACAUACAGUUCUACUUUGGCCGAGCGUUCAGGAGCUUGAAGCGAGCCGAGGGCGACAUGAUGUCGCCAUUCGUCCGCCACUACAUCUCGCACCAAAACCUCCGCUCGCUCCUCAAAACGGGCACGUACAACCUCGACCUCGAGAAAGUGCGCGGCAACCUCGACAAGGGCGUGCGCAACCUCAACGCUUAUGUCCGCGACGCACUCGCCGCGUCGACGAGCUCGAACACGUCGACUUUGCUCAUCCCGCCCGUUGAGGACCCGAAUGCUCCGACAGCUGUCACGCUCGAGCGGCUCGAACAGCGCAAAAAGGGCAAGGGCCCGCUCACCGACAUCGAGAUCGAGAACGCCAUUGGCGACCUGCUCGACUACUUUGAGGUGACGUUCGCGACGCUGAAAGAGUCACUCACGCCGGAUGCUUGGCAACUCGUCUCGAUGCGUCUGUGGAAGGAGAUCCUCACGACGAUUGAGGGGUUGCUCGUCCCGCCACUCAGCGACCGGCCAACCGAGAUGCGACCGUUGAGCGAGAAGGAGGUCGACGUCGUCUACAAGUGGCUCGGGUUCCUAGUCAACUUUUUCCAUGGCGGUGGCGAGGGCGUCCCGCUCGAAGACCUCCGCAACGCCAAGUACCUCGAGCUCAUUGAGGCGCGGAUGUACUACGAAUGGAGCACGGACGACCUCAUGCGCGCGAGCGUCGAGACGAUGCAACGGCAGCUCACGAACCGCUCCGACUCGCUCAUGGCGCGGUCCAAGUCGGUCUACCAGCAGCGCAACCUCGGAACAAUCCGGGCGCGCAAGAUCGAGAAGCAGCAGAAGAUGACGAGUUCGGGCGAGAUGAUUCUGCGCAUCCUGCGCAUGCACCCCGGCACGACCGACUUUCUCGGCACGCAGAUCGCGACGAUGCACCGCAUGCAGGCGGAGCAAGCGCGCAAGCAGCAGCUCCAGUCGCAGCGCGGCAGUCUGCAGCGCUCAGUCGGCAAGGGCGGACGAGGGACGGGAGGAGGAGCAGCGAGGGACGGGUUGGCUUCCAUCGCAGACGAGUGA